UUGGUGAAUUUCCAACUGUUUAUUAUCAAGAAUAGGUGCUGAAAAGAGGUACACGCUUUUGAAAAAAAGGAAUAUGGCAAUAACUUCAAUCCCGAUUGGAAAAUAAUACUUCUAUGACAUCAUUAUCAUCAGCAAAGAUUAGAAAUGAAGUCAGGAUCAAUCUAUAUCACUAUAAUAUUCAAAACUCUUUUUUUUACAAUUUUUCAUGCUGAUAAAUCCUCAACAAUAGCACUUGAMAAUCAACGUUACACGGACAAUUGGGAAUCAUUAGAUUCCCGGCCUUUGCCCAAAUGGUAUGACGAGGCCAAGUUUGGUAUUUUCGUUCACUGGGGAGUAUAUUCUGUACCGGGUAUUUCAACUGAAUGGUUCUGGCAGCACUGGAAGGCAAACUACACCAAUGCAGUUCAAUUUAUGAAGAAAAACUACCCACCGGRAUUUCAGUAUGCGGACUUUGGGACUCAGUUCAAAGCGGAGUUUUUUAAUGCAAGCAAAUGGGUGGACAUCGUGGCUUCUUCUGGUGCAAAGUAUUUUGUCUUCACAAGCAAGCACCAUGAUGGAUUCGUAAACUGGAAUACAGAUCACGCGUGGAAUUGGAAUUCUGUUGCUCUUGGACCACAUCGAGAUAUCGUGGGAGAACUUGCUGCAGCUUUCCGUAGCCAUAGCGACAUAACAUUUGGAUUGUACUUUUCGCUGUACGAGUGGUUUAACCCGCUCUACUUAAAAGACAAAGAAAAUAAUUUUACCACAAACGAAUUUGUUAAGAACACUGUUAUGCCACAAUUGACAGAAUUGAUAAACAAGUACAAACCGGAGUAUCUUUGGUCGGAUGGAGACUGGGAAGCAUCUGAAGAAUACUGGGACAGUAAAAGGUUUCUUGCAUGGUUAUAUAAUGAUAGUCCUAUUGCCUCAACAGUCGUUGUAAAUGACCGAUGGGGGAAAGGAUGCMGCUGUAAUCACGGAGGCGUUUUCAACUGUGCUGACAGGUACAAUCCAGGAAUACUCAGGCAAAGACACAAAUGGGAAAAUGCCAUGACUAUUGAAAGAAAUUCCUGGGGUGUAACACGAGAUAGUGUUCUCAACGAUUACUUCACCAUUCAACAACUCAUCAAAGAACUAGCGUCAACAGUCAGGUUGGUUCACUGUCUUACUUCUCGCAAGGGUUGA